AAGACACUGAAACUGCAAGAAAAGCAGAACCGAGAGCUGUUGAAAUGAAGAAAACAAGUGGCGGCGGAGGCGGAGGCGGAGGCAGUGGAGCAGCUGGCGAUAAGAAGAGAGGGCGCCGCUCGUACGUCGACUCCUCUACCGAUAUCCCUUCUAGGAAGCAAGCUGCAAAGAAGGAUGUUUUUCAGACAUUUGCUGAGAAAGUGAGGGACCAUAAAGAACUGGAGUCUAGGUGGGCUGUUUUGCAGGAAACAAGAGUUGAAUAUUUUAGAGGGAAAGAUUUUGUUAGUUUCUUGAGAAAUCACCCCGAAAUCAAAGACUUACUUGAAUCAGAUAAGAAUUUAGAAAUCGAAGAUAUUGCAAACUCGCUGCUGAGAAAGAAUCUUAUAGUGCGAUGUGACCGUGUUGUCAAAACUGUUCGACCUGGAAAGAGAAAACUAUCUACAUGGCCUGCACAUUUGGAGAUUUUUCCAGACCAAGUAUUUUCUGAUAAUGACGCAUUCUUUGCAUGGACUUUUGUCAACCGAAGACCAUUAUGGCAGACUCUUCUCUCAUUUUGCUGGCCUGUUUUGACGCUAGCAAUAUGCUUGUUUCCUGUGUAUCCCCACCAAGUCAAGCUACUUAUUCUCUACUUCUGUGCGGGUGUAUUGCUUCUUAUACUCUGCCUGCUUUUGUUAAGAGCCCUUGUAUUCGGAGCUCUAUGGAUUGUUCUUGGAAAAAGGGUAUGGUUCUUCCCGAAUAUUCUUGCAGAAGAAGCAACUCUUAAGGAGUUAUUCCAGUUUUGGCCCCAGAAAGAUGAGGGAGAGCGCCCCAAGUGGACUGCUCGGCUGUUUUUUGCACUUGUUGCCGUUCUUGUCAUUCUAUUACUGAGGCACCAUGCUCCGGAUGAAGCCGCCAGAGCCAGGUACCAGAAGCGGGUGUCCAAUAUAAUAGAUGAUGUUCUCGAAUGGUCCCCCAGGCUUGCCCUGUCAGGUAUGAUGGACAAGGUUAAUGAGACAGAUUCCGAGAACAAUACAACUGAUGAUGGUGUCAAGGCAACACCUCAGCCCGAUCAUACAGCGGGAGAAACAAUUCCAGAGGAAUUUGAGGCAGAUGAAACCCCAGAUCACCAUUAUUAAAUAUUAGGAAUGAUAUGCUAACACAGUAAUGAAAGUCCCAACUCCAAGUUUACAUGUGUUUCUUUUUUCAUCUUACCCUCUAUGUAUUCUCUUUUAUCUUUAGGUUUCUUUUUUUCAAAUAAUGUUUUCACCUCGCAUUUGUCUGUGGAUUUUGUUAUUCUGUUGUAAGUUGAUAUAUUAUGCCGGAAGUAAGUUUACAA